AUGUAAUUAAUAAAGUUACUAAUUUAUAACUUGAUCAAGUUUUAAGUUUGCUGAAACACUGGCGCACUAUUCAUAGUAGUAAAAAUAGUGGAUAUAUAGUAGCUGACAUUUUUGUCAACUAAUGUACGUACGGAAAAAAAAGAAUUCGAAAAAACGUAAAUUAAAUAUUUUUGGGUUUAUUUUUUCGUUGGGUUUUUUUUUUUCAUUAUUGACUGCUUUGUUUAAAAAUAAAAAAUCAAAAUACUGAUAAUUAUUAGAGCAAGUUUCUUAUAAAUAGAGUGCUACUUCUCAGAGUCUAAUGAGUUAAAAACUCCCAAAAAUCCCAGUGAAAAAUAAACACAAACAUGGCGGACUCAGAAUCUCUGGAUAACGUAAACUUUAUGAUAAAACAAGCCAUAUCAAAAUCAGACGUUGAAACGGUUCGAGAAAUAAUAAACCAGUACGGCUGUUCUUAUUGUCCAGAAUGGGACGAUGGAGCGAAUUUACUCUGCUACGCAAUAGAGUUCGGAGAACAGGAAAUAGUCGAGCUGCUGAUAAAAAACGGAGCUAAAAUAAACUGCGAGCCUUCAAUCUACGGUGCUCCACUCAACGAGGCUAUUUUAUCCGGAGACAAUAAGAUGGUGAAGAUGUUUUUGGAAAACGGAGCGGACAUUGACUUGAUUCUUCCGAAGUACAGCAAUGAAAAAGAAUUGCUGCUGACUGCUAUUGAGAACAAAGCCGUAGAGAUUGUUAAGAUUCUCUUGCAAAGGGGAAUCCUCGAGAGUAAUGAUCAGAACUUUGAUAAGCGUACACCAUUGGAAGUUGCUGUUUUUACAAAGCAACGUGACAUAUCAAAGCCACAUGAGAUAUCGUUGCAACGCGACAUAGUCGAGCUGCUGUUAGAGUAUGGAGCUGAUAUUAACGAGAAGAAUGGACACUUGCUGUAUCGCGCUCUUACUGGGUACAAUCACGAGGAAAAUAACGUUCAGAUGUUAUUAGAUUACGGAGUAGAUGUGAAUAGAGUAGACGAGGAAGGGAAAAGUCCUUUGUAUCUGGCGCUAGAAAAUAACAAGCCGCCGAAUAUUAUUAGAAUGCUUUUAGAGGCUAAUGCGGAUGUUAACCAAAAUGAGUAUGGAGAACCAUUUUUGUUUGCGAUAUUAAAUUUUGAGGAAAUUGAUGCAGUCUGCCAUGAUUAUUACAGAAUAGUUGUUGAGAUGAUGAUAAGACACAUGAUAAAAAUGAAAAGUCUCAAUUUGUUUUUAUCCGAAGAAAAUUUGAGGCUGCUUGAUGAAGUCGAGUCGAUAUCCGCGUACAAAACUCGCUGCGAAAUAGAAAUGCGUGAUUUACCGCUUAAAAAACUGCCUAAUUGUACCACUUCAUGUUACGAUAUCUUGACUAAAGACAUAAACACCCUGAGUGCUUACACAAGAAACAGAAAUAUUACAGUACCAAUAAUGCUUUCAAAGAAUUUUAUUAAUUACUUUCCAAUUUACGGGCCUUCGAUUCAAGACAACAUAAAAAAAGGAAUGACAAGAAGAUGGCUAUUGGAUAGGUGUGCUGAAUUAUUAAAGAGAAAUAAAACUUGUUGUAUUAAUAUUCUACCAUUUGAUGUUAUUUAUGGCAUAAUAGAGUAUCUAGACAAACGCGACCUGCUAAAUAUUCUCAAGACUAAUCUAAUUACGAUUUUGUAGAUUUAACAAGUUCUUGUCUUUGCUGUAUUUAAUUAUCUAACAUUCUCAGCUGAAUAUACGAAUUGUAAAUACAAAUUUAAUUGACUAAUAGAAAAUUAUAAUUAAUUUAUGUACAAUAUCUACAAUAUUUGGAAUUAUUUUACCGAUUACUUUUGUAUCU